AUGAAGCUGGUGAUAAUGAUGCACCCGACGGAGCUCUUCCAGCAUCACCUGAGUGCCUUGCGGAGGAUCCAUAAGCACUUCGGGAUCGAUGCGUUGGUGCGCCACAGAGACAACAUUAGCCGCACCGUGCUCAUCAGUCUCUUUUCGGGCUUGGGUGGGGCGGAGCUCGCGAUGCAGCAGAACUACCUGGCCUGCUAUCAGAUUUGCAACAUUGCGCCCCCAACCCCACCACGCUUCUUUGCCCUAGCUGUGCUGCGGCAACACUCCCAUCCUCCGCAGUUCAUGGUGGAGAACCUGCUCGACUUCCUGACUCCCACAUGUGUGGGGCGAUGUCGAAACAUCAUUUCGAGCUUCAGCAAGACCAGAAACACCAGGUUGGACCAGAUCGUCAAACUGAAGCGGACGAUGCGGGACAUUCCGAAGAACAACAAGGUGCAGCUGGCAUCCUUCAAGAAGAAGCUGAACGCCCACAAGGAUGCCAUCACGGUUUGCGGCGAGGCCUUGCUCGUGUCGCUCUUCAACGAGAUGCUGCGUGACGGAGGCUUCAGGGCCAAUAUUGACGUGGCCCUGGAUGAGCUCAUGAGCGACGCGCAUGAGAACAAGCUUUUGGUCAUUAUGGACUGGUCCAGCAUGGGGCGCCAAGAGGGGUUUUGCGGCAACUACGGAAUCCUUGCGGCGGGCAUGCUGGCGCUGACCUCACGAUUGAAAGCAUCUCUCCUCAUCCACGAGUGUACUCGGCUUUUCCCGUAUAGCGUCUUCGAGAAGGUCGCGCAGUUCAAGCGGUACAUGGCAGCUCUGGCAAUGCGCGGGUCGGUCGAGGAGCUGUUGGUGGGGCAGGUCAUCCCUGUCUACGAUCACCUGUGGCAGGCGGCGGGGUUCACUGCGUGCCCGAUCAACUUUGAGAGGGCCCAGGUCAGCGUGUCGGCCAUUCGAAGGAUGGCAGGGAACAGCUUCAACCAGUGCUGCGCGUGCGCCUUCACCUCGUUCAUCAUGGCCAACUUGGAGCCUUCAGCAUUUCAGCGGAUUUGA